CAAGUUGCGAACGGCAAAAAACUCGGUAGGCAGUUUUCAUCAUAUCAAGCGCGCCUACAUUGCUACCAUGUCGAUGCGAAAAGCUCCGGGGCUUCGACUGCAGACUGCGAUCGUGCAAGACAACGUUCCAGUGGAAGUCGCCCCUGGCCUGUUCGUGGGCUCAAUUCACGCUGCGUUCAACGUCGAAAUACUCAAGUCACACAGGAUCUCACACGUGCUCAACCUUGCGGGCAGUUAUGCGACUUUCCCUGACGAUUUCACUUACUUGAGUCUCAGUAUACGCGAUAAAGAGUACGCCAGUCUGCUGAGUUGUCUGCCGAUUGCUGCAGUCUUCAUCGACGCUGGACUAACGAACGGCGGUGUUCUGGUUCACUGCGCUGGAGGACGGUCGAGGUCUCCGGCCGUGGCGAUGGCAUUUCUCAUGAUGAAAGAGCAAGUAUCCUACUCGGCGAUUUUGGCGCACGUUAAGACACUGCGACCUGUUGUCAGCCUAAAUGCUGGUUUCGAGGCUCAGCUCAAGUGUCUCGAGACUGCUCGCGGGAACGUGUUUCUAGCAAACCAGCAUAUUCUCCAAGCUCGAUUGACUCGCUUAACCCAACAGCAUGAUAAUGGCGAACUAGUUAACGGCGUAGCCAAGAAACACCGCCAACCAUCGAACCAGUGUCCUCCGUUGUUGAAGAAAGAGUUCUCGAUCGAGAUGUUAGCGUCUGGAUGUGACGAUCGCGGUAUGAUAGGCGAGCGAGUGCCCAGUGGCUUUUGUCUCUCGACACCUCUAGCCUCAGGGUGCUUAAAAGAGACGACACGGCAGACGUCACCGUCCUCUUUUAUUCCAGCUCUUCGCUCAAUGGGAACCAUGUUCGGCUGUCAGCAGUGCGGAGAACACUUGUUUUGUGCUGGUGCCGUUAUUCAUCACCAAGAUAUUUUUAAAGUAACCUGUCAGCCGCAUGGCGGUCAUAACACUCGCUUCCUAGGAGCUUUAAGAGGGCAGACUGUCAUCGAAUUCACAGACAACACAGUAUCACACAUCUCGGUCGGCGAGGAGCAAGUAGUCGCGACUAUUACGAAGAAACCUCUGCUUUCCCAGCUACGAUUGAGACCCCACAGUCCCAGUGUAACGAUGGGAAAUGGCUCGCGCACAGCCGGUACAUCUUCAGGCAGGCAAAAGAAUUCGUCGUCUGCCCUAUCGAUGCCGAAUGUUGAUUCUGAGAGUCCAUUUCAAAUUCUGCAGCCAGCCCGACGCCCCGCCACUGAAGAGAGCAAGCGAACAAGCACUGUGAUUCCAUCUCCGCAUAUAAUAAAUGGCGAGUCUAGAAAGAAAUCUGGAAGUGGUUUGUGGCGCUCUCUUACUUAUUUCAAAGGCACGAGGCCCGAGGAUGCUAACCCCCCCGAGAUUGGCCACACAUCAGAACACUUGGGGUUCCUCAAACGGAAUGCAAUGGAGUGGAAUCGGAAUAUUCAGCAGCUUGCCAACAUUAGCAACAACGAUUUAUCGCAGACAAGUGGAGGGUCAAUUGCCGACCAAAUAGCAGCUCUGCUAGACGAAGAUUCGACCUUUCUUACGACCUUAAGUGGCUGCAAACGGUGGUUUGUAGACCCUCAACUGUGGAUGAUUGAUCAAGCAACUGCAUGUCCAGAGGGAGAAAUACGCUGUCCAAGAGAAACUUGUGGAGUCGUUGUGGGUGAGUGGCGAUGGGAAGGAUUGAGAGCAGAAACAUGCUAA